AUGCGUUCGCAGUUUACAAAGCUGAACACUGUGCUACCUCUCGCUGAACUUCCAGUCGAGCUGCAGAAGCUUGCCCAGUCUGCAGUCGACGCACAUCACAACGCCUAUUGUCCAUACUCUAACUUUGCUGUGGGGGCUGCUCUUCUUCAUGAUGAUCAAAAAAUAACAGCCGGGUGCAACUAUGAAAACUGCGUGUACAAGGGGUGCUGUGCUGAGGUAUGUGCCAUUGUGAAGGGGAACUCCCAGGGGCACCGCACGGCAGAUGCAGUCGCUAUCUAUGGGUGCAGCAAAGCGCCGAAUGCUGCAAAUCCCCCACCUGACACGCUCACGCCCCCGUGUGGUUUUUGUCGUCAGUCUCUUAUUGAGGUUGCAGACUUAUCUGAUAAUUUGGAUAGAUUUCUUGUCGUCCUCGUUACCUUUGACAAGAAGCACGCAAAGGUGAUCAAAUUGAGCGAACUGGUUCCCCUCAAGUUCGGUCCUUCUAACAUCGGCAUGGACAUAUCCAAGCUGGCGAAGGGCGCGCAACUGAAGGAGUAG